GACUCAAGAUGGCGGCUAUGGUGCUGGCGGCGACUCGACUGCUGCGAGGCUCGGGCUCCUGGGGCCGCUCGCGGCUGAGGUUUGGAGCCCCUGCAUACAGGCAGUUCAGUAGUGGCGGUGCCUAUCCCAGCGUCCCCCUCUCUUCCCCCUUACCCGGAGUACCCAAGCCUGUUUUUGCUACAGUUGAUGGACAAGAAAAGUUUGAAACCAAAGUCACCACACUGGAGAAUGGGCUUCGUGUGGCGUCCCAAAAUAAGUUUGGACAAUUUUGUACAGUAGGAAUUCUUAUUAACUCUGGAUCAAGAUAUGAAGCAAAAUAUCUCAGUGGAAUUGCUCACUUUUUGGAAAAAUUGGCAUUUUCGUCUACUGAUCGAUUUGACAGCAAAGAUGAAAUCCUGCUCACCUUGGAGAAGCACGGGGGUAUUUGUGAUUGCCAGACAUCAAGAGACACCACCAUGUAUGCUGUAUCUGCUGAUUCUAAAGGCCUGGACACGGUGGUUGGCUUGCUGGCAGAUGUGGUCCUGCACCCCAGGCUAACAGAUGAAGAAAUCGAGCUGACGCGUAUGGCUGUCCGGUUUGAGCUGGAGGACCUCAGCAUGCGGCCUGACCCAGAGCCCCUUCUCACCGAGAUGAUUCACGAGGCCGCUUACAGGGAAAACACAGUUGGCCUCCACCGUUUCUGCCCCGCAGAGAACAUAGCAAAGAUCGAUCGGUCGGUGCUUCACUCCUACCUGAGAAACCACUACACCCCCGACCGCAUGGUGCUGGCCGGGGUGGGGGUGGAGCACGGGCACCUGGUGGAAUGCGCCAGAAAGUACCUCCUGGGCGCCCGCCCUGCCUGGGGCAGUGGGGCGGCCGCGCGUGCGGACAGAUCAGUGGCACAGUACACCGGGGGCCUCGUCAAGCUGGAAAGGGACAUGUCCAGUGUCAGCCUGGGCCCCACCCCGUUCCCCGAGCUCACGCACAUCAUGAUCGGCCUGGAGAGCUGUUCCUUCUUGGAGGGGGACUUCCUCCCCUUCGCAGUGCUGAACAUGAUGAUGGGCGGCGGCGGCUCCUUCUCGGCCGGCGGGCCUGGCAAGGGCAUGUUCACCAGGCUCUACCUCAACGUGCUCAACAGGCACCACUGGAUGUACAACGCGACCUCCUACCACCACAGCUACGAGGACACGGGCCUCCUAUGCAUUCACGCCAGCGCCGACCCCAGACAGGUUCGAGAGAUGGUGGAAAUCAUCACAAGAGAGUUUGUUUUAAUGGCUGGAACUGUGGAUGUGGUGGAGCUGGAACGCGCCAAGACGCAGCUCAUGUCCAUGCUCAUGAUGAACCUGGAGGCCAGGCCCGUCAUCUUCGAGGACGUGGGGAGGCAGGUGCUGGCCACCCGCUCCAGGAAGCUGCCCCACGAGCUGUGCGCACUCAUCCUGCUGAGGGUUUGGUUUUCCCCUCCCUGCAGGCUCGCCACGCGACGUGAAGCCAGAGGACGUCAAGAGAGUUGCUUCUGCGAUGCUCCGCAGGAAGCCCGCGGUGGCCGCCCUGGGGGACCUGAGCGACCUGCCGGCCUACGAGCACGUGCAGGCGGCACUGGCGCAUAAGGACGGGCGCCUGCCCAGGACGUACCGGCUCUUCCGGUAGAGGCGCCGCGGCAGCACCGUCCACGUGCGUUUCCUUGGGGUGACUUCAGGGCAGACGUUCACAGACGGUGCGGACGGGGGGACUUUUCCUAAACGUGAAUUCCUUCAGAACUGGACGUGCCAAUCGAUCAGUGGAAUAAAGGUUGCUCUCCACCACUGCGGCUGGAAACCCGGGGAAGCGCAGGGAGGGUGGAGCAGCC